GUCAGUACGGUCAGUCAGUCAGUCAGUCAGUCAGGAAAGUUUGGCAUUCGAGUUAAGUCAAGUCAUAACCAUGACAGCAGUAUUUUGUUGCUCACGUGUUAGCUGAUCUUCACCAAUUGUCUUCGACCUACCACGGUUUCGUUUGCCCUGAGGGUUCCAGAAGAGUUCCUGUUUAGUUACGUUGUUGUGUGGGUUAUUCGUGUAGAGCUCUCAUAUAUAAUCGUCAUAAUCAUUAUUUCAUUAUUUCUUUCAGAUAUCCUCUGCUUCUUAGUAGAAUCUGCAAGGCCUCCCCACGAAGAAACCCCGAUCGAGAGAAACUCAAAAUGGCUCAAAGACGGAUCGAGGAACAGCUGAAUAAGAUCAACGCUUUGAACACGACCGUUGAAUCUCGCCAAAAGCGUUAUCGAGCCAGCCAACAGUUGGGUAGAUCAGAUUCCCUAGAUAAACUACAGAUGAAGAAGAUGGCGUCAGAUAUCCUUAAUUGGACCAUGGAGGAAAUGCAACUUUUAAUGCACGGCGUAUUUCAGGUCAGUGAGGGUCAAAAACUCAAAUAUCAACUUUUUGCCGCUGGAUACGAGGUAUUGAUAGAUCUUAACCUCUCUUUGAAUGGCUUUAACCGAUCUGGCCAGAAAACCAGUUUUCAACGACUACAGUGGAUUUAUGCUAAAACAACUAGAUUAUUCGCUGUCGGUUUCUAUGCGUGAUAGUUGACUCAGGCUGUGCC